AUGAAGCUCCUCAACUUGCCAUCUCUCAUUUUGCUCCCCGCCUUCACCAUCGGGGUGUAUGCUCAAUCUACGACGACUACCAGCACGUCGUCCAGCAGCUCGGUGACAUCUGUCUCGUCGCCGUUGAGCACCUCCAGAGCUGCUACUACGUCUUCGACUCGACUCGCGACCACGUCUACCACUAGGUCUGCCAGUGGCACGGCAACCACGCCUCAGAGCGCGUCGAGGACUACCUCCGCCACCAGAAACGGCGCCCUCCCCACCAUGAGGUCCACAGCCGAUCAAGUUGUCGCAGGUGUUGUUACGGUAUUAUAG